AAUUUACAAUGGUAAAGUAUCAUCCACAAUGAAAGAGAAAAAAGAGAGAGAAAGAAAGGGAAUGGAAGAGCCAUACGAGAACAUCAUGAUAAACGAAUGAAUGGAUUGAUUUUUGAGAUGGAUGGAUAUUUUGUUUUUUUUUUUUUUAUGGAACAUGCAUAGACAACAUGAAUCACAUCUCCAUCUCUGGAGGUAAGAAGGCCAAGAAGAAGUGGUCUGCCAAGAAGGUCAAGGAUAAGGCCAACAACUUGGUCAUCCUCGAUAAGCCCACCUACGAACGUUUGUUCAAGGAAGUUCCUACCUACAAGCUCAUCUCUCAAUCCGUCCUUGUUGACCGUCUCAAGUUGAACGGUUCUUUGGCUCGUAUUGCUAUCCGUGAACUUGAAGCUCAAGGUUUAAUCAAGCCUAUCUCUCGUCACCAUGCUCAAAUCAUCUACACUCGUGCCACUGGUGAUGAAAAGAAGUCUGCUGCUGCUGACAAUGAAGAAUAAAUUCUUUCAAUAAACUAGUAUUUUUUUUUUUUUUU